CGCAAUAAUAAAAGCUAAAACCUUUAACUUUCAUCUCAACAUAAUGCUUCUAAGAAGCGCUUCUACACCCAUCUUGAAACCAUGUUCCUUCCGUUCCUCGCCAGAACCCGAUCUCGGUGUUCGGAUCCGGACCACCAGACCCAUAUCCAUGUCUUUGUCUCCGCCCAUCAAGAAAAUUCCCAGAACCUUAUCAGAGGACGAUCUCAAGUGUCUUCAUUUCUCUAAGAAGAAAAUUUUGCUUAAUAGUCCCUUGACAUCACAAGGAUUAGUUGAAAGAGAAGAAGAGCUAGAAGCUGAAGGAGAAGGAAAAACUUGCUUGCAAAAGGAUACAUCAUAUUGUUUGCAUGAUGGGCUAGUGUUGGAUGAGGGCUGUGGCGGAGCUGGCGCUGGCAAUGGAGGAGUUUACGGCGGUGCUGGUGGCGGUGACGGGGAGUCUGGUAAUAGGAGUGAGAGUAUGGAAGGUUAUUAUCAGAGAAUGAUAAAAAAGUUUCCUGGAGACUCUCUUGUUCUAGCCAAUUAUGCUAAAUUCCUGAAAGAGGUGCGAAGUGAUCUUGUGAAAGCGGAAGAGUACUGUGAGAGGGCUAUCCUAGCGAAGCAAGAUGAACGGGACGGAAAUGUUUUGUCUUUAUAUGGAGAUUUGAUAUGGAAAAAUUAUAAGGAUGCUCCUCGUGCUCAGAGUUAUUACGAUCAAGCUGUUAAAUCGGCUCCUGGCGACUGCUAUGUUCUUGCUUCUUAUGCUCAAUUUCUCUGGGAUGCUGGAGAAGAUGAUGAUCUUCAAGUCGACGAUUAUAAAAAAUGCAAUACACAACCCAAUCUUUUGCCUCCCUUAACAGCUGCAUCAUAGAUUGGUGAUUUUAACGUCAUAGUAUUUCUCUAAUUCCUUUGUGAAUAGAUGAUGAUAAUAAAACUUUGAUGAAACAAUAAUCCUUAAGACUGAAAUUUUAUUCUAUGCCCAACAACAAACGCCAAGGGAAGAAAAAUAUCUAGCCAGAUAAAUCUAGUAAACUUUAUUAAAGGAAUAGCACUUUGUGCUUGUCUUGUUUUACAGUUACAGAUUUCUUAAGCUUUCAUAUGGCCUCAAUGGUUAUCCUUCUUCAUUACCCUAUUA